UAAUCCAUUCCAACCGCAGCAUAGCGACCGAGCUUGACUACGGGGGAGAACCGCACACAGCCACUUAAAGGAAAACACAACAUUUGGAAACAAAUGAGAAAGAAACGCGCCACUUUUUACAGAAAUCUACGAAAAUCCUCUGGACGUAACAGGAAUGCAUCGGCCAAACGACAGGAUACGGAAUACGUUUGUGUGGCGUGUCUAACAGUUUGCGUUGCUGUACAACGAGCUUUUGGGGCUAACAGGCUAGCAUAGUUGUCGCUAAAACAUGGUGGGCAGACACUGAGCGAAAAACCUUCCAGACUCACUCAACUAUUCCCGGAGUAUGCUGGAAAAAUUACUCGGUUUCUAUGUGUUAUGUUUGGAAGAUUAUUUUUGGACUUUAAAAUAGUUUUUUGUCCAUGUUGAAAACUCGCGCACGACCUUUGAAAGUUUUUUUCCUUCAUUUUUGACGUUAACCAUCCAAGUUCCGUGGGUGAAAAAAUAUGAUUGAUUGAUGUAGUACGUACUUAACUGAGAAUGCACAAGAAACGAGGAGUUUCUUACAAAAAGCACAACUCCUUCGGCAAAGUUACGCGAUUCAGAGCAUCACCCUCUCAUCCAUUCAUAUAAGUUAACAGCGUGAACGCAAUGCUCUGUAUAUAGGCUGCACGAACUCUAUUGGAAUAUAGGAAAACAUUACCAUGGAUAAUCCGGAAUACAUCUCUACCUGUGGUUAAUUAAUGGCACUUUUCUUACGCUUUGGAGUUAACUUAUUUGGACCAGUCCAAGCAAAGCAACACAUGGUUUGCUUACCAAUCAUUUUAGAAGACUUGCAGAGAAAAUUACAUGGAGACUAAGUGUUGGUCAUGCCAAGGAAGGAGUUACCAUUGCCAGAGGGUUGGGAAGAGGCCCGAGAUUUUGACGGGAAGGUCUAUUAUAUAGACCAUAUUAAUCAAACCACCAGUUGGAUUGACCCAAGGGAUAGGCAGACUAAGCCUCUGACUUUUGCCGACUGUAUUGGAGAUGAGCUGCCUGUGGGAUGGGAGGAGGCCUACGACCCCCACGUCGGAGCCUAUUAUGUCGACCACAACACCAAAAGCACUCAGUUGGAGGACCCGCGGGCUCAGUGGCAGCGGGAACAGGAGCUUAUGUUGCACGAUUAUCUGAAUGUGGUUCAGGAAGCACUGAGUGCCCAAAAGGAGAUCUACCAGGUCAAAGAGCAGAGACUUCGCCUGGCCCAGCAGGAAUAUCGGCAGCUAAAUGAUGCUUGGCGGGACAAGUCUUCCUCACAGACUAGCUUAAAUUCCAGAUCCUCAUCAAGCAGUAAAUAUGACCCUGAAAUCCUCAAAGCAGAGAUUGUUACAGCAAAAAGCCGGGUAAAUAAGCUGAAGAGAGAUUUGGCCUAUAUGAAGCAAGAACUGCAUUAUAAGGAGCAAGGCUUUGAGACGUUGAAAGAAAUUGAUCAUAAAGUGUCCAGUGCCUCACAUGGCUACAAACUGCAUGAAGCCCAGGCCAUCCUGAAGGAGGUGAAGUCCAUCAAAGAUGCCAUCAGCUCGGGAGAGAAGGAGAAGCAGGAGCUCAUGCGGAAACUGGCCGUGCUGAAAGAUGGUUUCCAGUUAGAUUAUGGCUCUCAGUCUGACCUGUGGGCCAGCAAUCCGUCCCUGGCCAACUCUAACCUCUCACUCCCCCGACUCUAUUCAGACGCAGAGUCCCAAACAGAUAUACCUGCUCAGUUUGUAUCAAGCUCAAAUAAACUGGCUGAGAAGGUACGACUGAGCCUGAAAUAUGAGGAGGCGAAAAGAAGGAUUGCAAAUAUCGAAGUCCAGAUUGCAAAGUUGGAUAGCGAGGCAUGGCCAGGCCUGCUGGACCCAGAGAGAGAUCGCUUGAUCCUCAUCAAUGAGAAGGAAGAGCUGCUUAAGGAACUGCAGUAUGUAAGGCCGUGCAAACGUGCACCAAAUGAGGCAGAGAAGAUCGAGUCUGAGAAAAAACGACUCGAGAAGGACCUGCAAGCUGCACGGGACAACCAGAGCAAAGCACUGACUGAGAGGUUGAGGCUGCACUACAGAAGAAACAAACUAGUGAAGGAACUGGAAGAGACGGUGAGGGUGGCGUCUUCUCUGCACACCCAGCUGAAAAGUCUGUCAGCCAGCACUCUGUCAUGUUCCUCGGGCAGCAGCCGUGGAUCGUUGACGUCCAGUCGGGGAUCCCUGGCCAACUCCAGCUUGGGCUCCACUUCCUCGCUCAGCUUCACCGAUGUCUACCUGGAGCAACCCGAACUAGGCGAUCCUGACUUCCAGAACAAACUGGACUCUAUUUUGCAGGAGGGAAGCACCUCUGGCUACAGGCCUUCUAGUUCCAUCACUACCAUCCAUGAGAAUGAGGUCUCAUCCUCGUCUGUGCAAAUCGGGGGUGGUCCCGGGGUGGGACAAAGAACCCAAGUUCUGCGACUGUCAGAGACACCUCACUCAAUGAACUCACUGUCCCCACGUUCUUCACUGUCUUCCCUGUCUCCUCCUUGCUCUCCUCUUGUUACUGAGGCUUCCUUCCUUUCGGGAGAGGUCUUUUCUGGUCCGGCCUCACAGUUGGAUUUAGAUCUGCAGACCAGGCUGAUGGAGCUCCGGUUAGAAGAGGACCAACAGCAGGGGCAGCUGAACUACCAGGACAACAAACAAGAAAGCAUUAUGGCUGUAGAGUCUUCAAAAGAUGCUGUUACGCAAACAAGAGGAUCCGGGCCUGGAUCGAAGAAAGCGGGGGUAACAUCUGCAGUGUCUGACGAAUCGGUUGCAGGUGACAGCGGUGUAUACGAGCCCUCGGAGAAAAGACCUGGGCUUCCAGUUGAGCAGCUGCUGGCUUUUGAUGACGGGAGCUCAGCAAGCAGCGCUCAGAUCAAACUUGGCCUGAAGUACGAAGUGAAAGAGAAGAGGUUCACCGUGUUCGUAAUGCAGCUCUCCAACUAUAGCGCGCUCUCUCUGCCAGCCAACCAGAACAUAUAUGUUCGCGUGGUGGUUCUGCCAUGCUCGGAGACCGUUCGGUGUCUGUUCCGCACACACUGCGCUCUGCCACAGGAGCCCGUAGAGUUAAAGGAAGCGUUUAGCCUGCAGGUGUCCUCCACUGCUCUCCGACAGAAGACCCUGCGCAUUGAUGUCUGCACCACCAGCAAAUCAGGCCGCGAGCACUGUCUAGCUGGUGCUCAGAUCAGCUUGGCUGAUGAGGAGUAUUCAGAGGAAUGGUGCACCAAGUGGUACAACCUUCUCAACUGCACGUACAUGCCAGAAAUGGAUGGAAAGCAAAAAGAAACAGAGAUGCCCGCUCUGCAGGAGCUGACUCCCGCUUCCUCGGAGAACGCAGCCUCGUGCAUGGAGAACGUUCCACUUGAGGACUGGCCUGCAGAGACGUUAGAGGGUGACGUGUUUGUGGACGAAGAGGGCAGUGAUGGUGAGGAAGGUGAAGAGUUUUACCCUGAUGACUGCCAGUGGGAACAGGAGGAAGAGCCGCUUAAAGCUGGACCGACAACUGUUAUCGCAGAAAAGGUGAAUAAAGAGACUAGUAUGGACGGUCUCCCUCAUUCUACUUCUGUAGUUCGGCCCAAGGAGCGGCGACAUGAUGUUCAUCAGCAAAACCCUUUUAUGCGGGGAAACACCAUCAUCAGGUCCAAGACAUUUUCACCUGGACCUCAGAGCCAGUAUAUCUGCAGGAUCAACCGCAGCGACAGUGACAGCUCAACAUUGUCGAAGAAAUCUCCCUUCGUCCGGAAUGCCUCUGAGAGACGCAGCGUUCGCAUGAAGAAGCCACCAAUGCAGGUCAAAGGUCUGGAUGGCCUCCUGCGCACCUCUCUGGAUCUGGAGCUAGACCUGCAGGUCACUCGCACGCGACACAGCCGUCUGACCGAGGAGCUGCGCGUGCUGCGGGAGCUUAAGGAACAGAUGGAGAAGGCACGGCAGCAGGGCCAGCACGUCCUUCCCACAUGGGUACAGGAGGAUGAGCGCUUCUGUCUGCUGCUCAAACAUGCAGAGAGACAGACCCAGGAAGAGCAGCUACAGGAAAAGAGGGUAGAGAAGAUGAUGAGAGCAGCGGCCAAGGAUGUACAUAAGAUUCGUGGACAGAGCCUCAAGGAGGUUCCUGGGGUCCAGUCCUUUAGAGAGAAGAUGGCCUUCUUCACCAGAGCGAAGAUAAACGUUCCCGACCUACCAGCGGACGAUGUGUAGAAGAUAAUCCAUCUUUAUGUCUCAUUUGGAGGCGAAAACUGACAUCUGGCGGUAUUAUGAAGAAUGGUGUGACAGGAAAAUGUAUGUAGGGCAGGAAACGUCAUUUGAAAACACUGGGUUUUAACGCUCAACUGAAAUUGUAUAGAUCCGUUUUUAUUUUUUGUUUUUAGAUAGAUUUAUUUUUUAAAUUUCACCACGUUCUGUUACUAAUAAGUGUAUGUCGGCAUCUGUGCUAGGUAUUUUAGUGGUCAUUCAAUACAUCAAGCUGGACUGUGUACUGUAUCUCUUGAUGAUGUGAAUACAGAUAUUUACGGUACUAUUUUUAUCUAUA